AUGUCGACAUAUUCGCAAACGAAUCCCAACAACCCUCAUGCCGACCCCGAGCUCUUCUAUGUGCGCCAAAACCGUAUAGGCAAGGGCAGUUUCGGUGAAGUAUACAAAGGCUACGACAAGCGCACCUCUCUCCCCGUCGCCAUCAAGAUUAUCGACCUUGAAAGCGCAGAAGACGAGAUUGAUGAUAUCCAGCAAGAGAUCCAAAUUCUGGGACAACUGGAUAGUGAAUUUGUGACGAGGUAUCAUGGAUCGUACCUCAAGGGGUCACAUUUGUGGAUUAUCAUGGAGUAUUGUUCGGGUGGCUCCUGUUCGGACUUGAUGAAAGCUGGAGUUUUCAGAGAGGAGUAUAUCGCCAUUCUGGCGAGAGAGUUGCUGAGAGGUCUAGAUUACCUGCACGAAGAGGGCAAGCUUCACAGAGACAUCAAAGCCGCCAACAUUCUGCUCACUGCCAACGGCGAUGUCAAGCUGGCCGAUUUCGGUGUCUCCGGACAGCUUACUGCGACUAUGACCAAGAAAAACACGUUUGUUGGUACACCAUACUGGAUGUCUCCCGAGGUCAUCAAGCAGUCCGGGUACGACCACAAGGCCGAUAUCUGGAGUUUGGGUAUCACAUGUAUCGAGAUGGCCAUGGGCGAGCCCCCAUAUGCCGAUCUUCACCCCAUGAAGGUGCUCUUCCUCAUUCCCAAGAAUCCGCCUCCUCAGCUAGACGAGCGAUUCUCCCGACCAUUCCGUGACUUUGUCUCUCUCUGUCUCCAACGGGACCCUCGCAACCGACCCACGGCCAAAGAUCUGUUGAAGCACAAGUUCAUCAAGACUGCCAGGAAGGCCUCGUACUUGACCGAGCUGGUCGAGAGAUACGAACAGUGGAAGGCCGAAGGUGGAGCCAAACCUUCAGAUGACGGAUCUGGUGGGAUGUCACAGGAGCCUGGCUAUGGACCUGCUGCUGAUGCUCUCUGGGACUUUGGCACUGUACGCAACAACCUCCCCGGAACCGUUUCUCGAGCCGCCGGGCGCACCGUUCCUCCCACCGCUUCCCUAUCCGGUACGGCCCAGACUCGAAACACCUCUACUCCAACCAAGUCCACCCAUUCUGCCACGCCCACCCGCUCACAGACUGAACAAUCUCUGCCGCCCUCCAUGAGCGGCCGCGCCUUACCCCCAACACCGUCUAGAGGCAACCCUUCUUACAACAACGGCACCCCCUCUUACAACAACGGCACCCCCAACUCUGUCAUCUCGGGGCAUAGUCAGCAGGGGAGCGCGACGCCUACGGGGACAAGGGCGGAGGGUGGGGAUGUGAUGUAUCCGACGGUGAGAGGGGCGGUGAUCCCUCCCGGUUCGUCGGUGCCUGUUGCGGGGCAGGCACAACCUGAAGCUCAAGCUAAACAGCAACAGCACAUUGAUGAUGAAGGGGACGAGGAAGUGAUGCUCGAGGGCGUAAUCAUUCCUGCUAUCAACAACCUGGCUACUCGGGUCCCCAACGACUAUGCUCGAGCUACCCUUGCUCGUUUGCGAGAAGCCUUUAUUGAAGCCGAGAGGUCUAUUCCUGGAGUCACUUCGGCGUUUGUACUAGAGAUUGUCGAAAAUGUUGAACAGGUCGAAGAGCACUGA